AUGCAAGCUCUGAAACUUAUCCCAUUGAUUACCGUCUUCCUUGGCUUCUGCUCAACGACGUCUUUCGGCGGAGGCCACAGCACCCAUAGCACUCGGGCUGUCAUGUCUCGGCGCUUCAAGACUGGAUCUGUGUACCUGAUCAAGAGCUUGCACGCGGUGCCGAGUCCACCAAAAAAGCGGCGUGGUGGAGGCAACAGCUGGAAAGGCAGCAGUGGUGGUGGAGGGGGAGGAUGGAAGGGAGGAGGCGGGUGGUCUGCUGGAGGUGGGGGAGGUUGGGACAUGGGUGGUGGGAAUGGCUGGUGGAAGACCGGGGGUGGUGGUUGGAACAUGGGUGGCGGAGGAGCAGGCUGGAAGACUGGAGGUGGCAGUGCUGGAGGUGGUGGAGGCGGCUACGGAGGAGGCGGGAGUGGCCGUGGUGGCACCAGUGACGACCUCAUCGUCAUCCAAAACGCGCACGCUGCUCGUGACCCUGGUAUUACCGUAGAAUCUGAUGGAGGUGGAGGCGGAGGAGGGAACAUUGUUGUAGCUGAGGGUGGUGGCAGUGGUGGUGGAGUCGCUGAUGUCGAGAUCCAAGGAGGCUACGGUGGAGGAGGUGGCGGAGGAGCCGACUACGACAUCAGUGAUGGUGGUCCCUGGUGGAGCCGCUAG